AUGGCUGAGCAGGAAAAUCGCGAAGGCCGUGGUCGUGGUCGUGGACGAAGAGGUCGUGGCGGCAGACGCGGUCAACCUACCGAUGGUGAUUAUUACACUGAUGCGAGAGAUGCUGAAAUUGAGGAAAAGGACAGACGGAUCCAAGAACUCGAACAACAGCUUGCAGAGGCACAGUUGCACGAGUCAGAUGAAGGAUGGGAAUCUGAAAGAUCAUCUCAUGAGGAGGAAAGGAGAUUCUGGAACCGGAACCAGGAGCGACGAGGACGAAGUCAACCUGGAAAUCAAUCAUUUUUUGCUAAUAUUGAGGUGAUGAUUGAGAUCCCGGAAUUCGAAGGCACCACUCAUCCAGAUGAGUUUAUCGACGAGUCACACACCGUCGAAAAGGUCUUUGACAUCAUAGACUUGACAGAAGACCAGAAGGUACCAAUCUAUGAUGAAUAUGAUGAUUCUCAAGAUGAUGAGAAUCCUGUUAUGGAUGCUCUAAUUUAUGAAAAGUUCCCUAUCUAUGAUAAGUAUGAUUGGGAGCAAGACGACGAGAAUCCAGAGGUGAAAGAAAUCUCUUGUAGUGAUUCCGAUGGAAAGUCAGUUAUUAGAAAUUCUAAUAUCUUUGACAAAGAUGAAGUUCUACCCAAAGAUAUCAUGCAGAAUGAUCCUUCAUCCAAGACGUCUUUAGUUUGCAAGCAGUAUUAUGAAUUUGGGGACAACGAGCAUAACAACCUUAUGCUCCAUAGAGAUAAAGAUUUAGCUUUUGUUUUUAAGACCAUUGAUGGUCUUUUAUUGUCAGUUACUUUUUGUAUUGCCUUUAAAAGGCUUCAACAAAGAAUUGAUUAUCGUAUUCGGCUGAAAGCUUCUUUAGAUUGUGCUAGAUACCUACUACGAAAUGGUCAGCCUUUUCGGGGAAUUGAUGAAUCUGAAAGUUCAAAUCAACAAGGUUUAUUUAUUGAAACUCUAAACUUUUAUACUAAGCCAAAUAAAGAGAUGAGUCAUGUGGUCUUGCAAAAUGCCCCUGAUAAUCACAAAUUGACUUCACCAAAAAUUCAGAAAGAUCUUGCUCAAGCUUGUGCUGAUUUGACUGUUAAAGCAAUAAUUAGAGAUCUCGGCGAUGAUUACUUUUCAUUGCUAGUUGAUGAAGCUCGUGAUGUUGCAAUUAAAGAACAAAUGGCAGUUGUACUUCGGUACGUAAACAAAAAGGGGUCCAUUGUUGAAUGUUUUAUUGGUAUAAUUCAUGUUUCAGAUACUACCGCACAAUCACUAAAAGCUGCGAUUGAUGGGCUAUUUUCUAAACUUGGUUUAAGUUUGUCUAAAUGUCGCGGUCAAGGCUAUGAUGGAGCUAGUAAUAUGCGGGGUGAAUUCAAAGGGCUUAAGAGUUUGAUUUUGGCAGACAACAAAUCUGCAUUCUACUUUCAUUGUUUUGCUCAUCAGUUACAAUUGGCACUUGUGAAGAUAGUUGAAAGAAUUGCUCGCGGUGAAAUACUAACUGGAAAAGGUUUGAAUCAAGAGACAACAUUAAAGCGACAUGGAGACACUUGUUGGGGUUCCCAUUUUGGUACAGUUACAAGUGUUAUCUCAUUAUUUUCUCCAAUAAUUUCCUUGAUGAAAAUUAUUGAAGACGAGCCUAAGAAUGAUGCUGCAAGAACUGAUGCAGGUUGCAUUUUGUAUGCCAUGGAGGAUUUUGAGUUUGCAUUCUUGUUGCAUCUAAUGCAACUUAUCUUGGGGAUUUCUUAUGAGUUGUCACAAGCACUACAAAGAAAAGAUCAAGAUCUUUUAAAUGCAAUUGGUUUAGUGAAGGUAGUCAAGAUUCGCUUACAAGAGGUGAGAGAUCAUGGUUUUGAUGAAUUGCUUCAAGAAACGAACAUAUUUGCCAAUAAAUAUGAUAUUGACAUUCCAAAUAUGGAAGAUGUUUAUUGUCCUAAAGGGAGAUCAAGACGAAGAUUGGAAUCAUUCACAUUCUUGCACUACUUUAAGGUGGAGUUAUUUAAUAGAGUGAUAGAUACUCAAGUUCAAGAGUUGGGUGAUAGAUUUGAUAAUGUCAAUACCAAGUUGCUUGAGUGUUUGAGUUGUCUUGAUCCUCGUGAUUCAUUUGCUGCUUUUAACAAAGAAAAGUUGAUUGAGUUUGCUAGAUUUUAUCCUUUGGAGUUUGAUGAGGUUGCAGAUAUUCCUUUUCUUUUUUCAAGUCUGGGUAAUUUUAUUGUUGAUGUAAGAGCUGAUUCUGAUUUUGUCAAUUUGAAAAGAAUUUCUGAACUUACUUUGAAGAUGGUUGAGAAGAGAAAAGAUAUUGUUUAUCCAUUGGUCUAUUUGUUGAUAAAGUUGGCACUCCUUCUACCGAUAGCAACUGCUAGUGUUGAGCGAGUUUUUUCUGCAAUGACUUUUGUUAAGGAUAAGUUACGCAAUCGAAUAAGUGAUGAUUGGUUUAAUGCAUGCAUGUUAACUUAUGUUGAACGUGAUAUAUUUGAUAAGAUUGAUGAUGAAGAUAUAAUGCAAUAUUUUCAAGCAAUGAAGAAUCGAAGAAUGCUUUUGUGA